AUGUGUGGUAUUUUUGGGUAUUGUAACUAUCUAGUUGAGAAAUCAAGAGGUGAUAUCAUUGACACGCUUGUUGAAGGUUUGCAAAGAUUGGAGUACAGGGGAUAUGACUCUACCGGUAUAGCUAUCGAUGGGGACGAACUUGACUCCACGCUUAUCUACAAGCAGAUCGGUAAAGUGAGUGCUUUAAGGGAGGAAAUUGCUGAGCAUAAACCAAAGAGGGACGUCACUUUCUUGUCACACUGUGGUAUUGCUCAUACCAGAUGGGCUACCCAUGGUGAACCGAAGCAGAUCAAUUGUCAUCCUCAAAAGUCUGAUCCGAAUUGCGAGUUUGUGAUUGUUCACAACGGUAUUAUCACCAACUACAGAGAGCUGAAAACUUUGUUGUUGAACAAGGGUUACACUUUUGAGAGUGACACCGAUACUGAGUGUAUCGCUAAGUUGUUCAAGCAUCUGUAUGACACAAAUUUGGAGAAUGGUCAUGAGCUGGACUUCCACGAAUUGACUAAACUAGUGUUGUUGGAACUCGAAGGAUCUUAUGGGUUGCUUUGCAGAUCUGCUCAUUAUCCAAACGAAGUCAUAGCUACUAGAAAGGGAUCUCCGCUGUUGAUCGGUGUCAAGUCUGAGAAAAAGCUCAAAGUUGAUUUCGUGGAUGUCGAGUUCCCCGAUGAUAAUGCUCAACCGGAGACUCCGCUGGUCAGUGAGAGAGCUAACGGAGCAACAGCAAAUGGAAACAGCGUGAGGACCCUAAACGGAAGCGGUAAGAAACGGUUAUACGAUCACGAAGAUAGAGGCAAUAGCAACUUAUUGCCCAUUGCCGCAAACGAAUUCAAUUUGAGGCAUUCUCAAUCGAGAGCUUUCUUGUCGGAAGAUGGGACACCUAAUCCAGUCGAGUUUUUCCUCUCGUCGGAUGCUUCCUCGGUCAUUAAACAUACAAAGAAGGUUUUAUUCUUGGAGGACAACGAUAUAGCCCACAUCUACGAUGGUGAGAUUCAUAUUCACAGAUCAAGAAGAGAAGUGGGCGCCUCUAUGACUAGAUCUAUCCAAACUUUGGAAAUGGAAUUGGCGCAGAUUAUGAAAGGAGAGUACAAUCACUUUAUGCAGAAGGAAAUCUUUGAACAACCAGAGUCCGCUUUCAAUACCAUGAGAGGAAGAAUCGAUUUUGAGAAGGGCACAGUUAUGUUAGGUGGACUGAAAGCGUGGUUGCCUGCAAUCAGAAGAGCUCGUAGGUUAGUUAUGAUCGCCUGUGGUACUUCCUAUCACUCCUGUCUGGCGACUCGUGCAAUCUUCGAAGAGCUGUCGGAGAUACCCGUUAGUGUGGAAUUGGCCUCAGAUUUUCUUGACAGAAAGUCCCCCAUCUUCAGGGACGACAUUUGUGUUUUCGUCUCUCAAAGUGGUGAAACUGCUGACACUAUGCUCGCGCUUAACUACUCGCUUGAGAGAGGUGCUCUCACUGUUGGUAUCGUCAACAGUGUUGGUUCUUCAAUCUCUAGAAUAACUCAUUGUGGUGUUCAUAUCAAUGCAGGCCCCGAAAUUGGUGUUGCAUCCACCAAGGCUUACACAUCACAGUAUAUCGCUUUGGUAAUGUUUGCAUUAUCCCUUUCAGAUGACAGAGUCUCGAAACUGGAGAGAAGACAAGAUAUCAUACGGGGCUUGAAAAUGAUUCCUGAACAAAUAAAGGAAGUACUAAGCUUGGAGCCACAGAUCAAGGCUCUCUGCGAGAAGGAAUUGAAGGACCAAAAGUCCCUUCUUUUGUUAGGCAGAGGUUACCAGUUUGCUUCUGCAUUGGAGGGUGCUUUGAAGAUCAAAGAAAUAUCCUACAUGCAUUCCGAAGGUGUCUUGGCCGGUGAAUUAAAGCAUGGUGUCUUGGCCCUAGUCGACGAGGAUCUGCCAAUUAUCGCUUUCGGUACCAGAGACUCACUGUUCCCCAAGGUUGUCUCCUCCAUUGAACAGGUCACGGCAAGAAAAGGCCAGCCCAUCAUUAUCUGCAACAAGAACGAUGAGGCUUGGGAGAAAAAGAGCGCCACUACCAAGAUGGUCACUUUGGAAGUACCAUUAACAGUCGACUGUCUACAGGGUUUACUGAACAUCAUCCCCCUACAGCUAAUUUCAUACUGGCUAGCGGUAAACAAAGGCAUUGAUGUGGAUUUUCCAAGAAACCUGGCUAAAUCUGUCACCGUCGAAUAA